AUGGCGUCCCAGCUGGCUAGACUGACGUUGGUCACCUACGGUGCCUAUGUGGUCUCCGCGCAGCCAAGUCAGCUAUCGCUUGAUCCUAUCCUGGCUACCACCCUGACCAAGGCGGAGGUGUGGGAGGUCAUGAUCGGCCAAGAUCCCAGAGCCGAAGGCCUUCUAGAAUAUUGCCAAGCAAUCAAUAUCGUGGACAGAGAAGCCUGCAGACAAAAGUUGUUCGACACGCCCCCGGGACUGUGCAAAAACAGCGAUGGCCCUGGCUUCAUAAACUGCGACGAGCUUUUCGAUCCGACUUCGACCAACGUGUCGCCGCCUCAAUCCGCCGUCGCCUUGGAAGCAGCAGCCAUAUGUCUAGAAAGAAACAAACUGUCUGGAAGCAAAGCAUUGACGAAGAUGUUCGAGCUGAACAUGUUUGAGAUGGCUCAGACUGCUAGCUUCAAGAACACGAGACCCGUGCCAUAUGGCAUGGUUCAAGACGCGAGUGGCCAAUGGGCGGAGUAUAAAUACAGCAUAGAAGAGCGCAUCAAGGCUGCGGAGGAGGUCAGGAAGCAAUGGGAAGCCAUGUCCAACUGGGCGUUCGACUUUGGCGGGUUGGGAGCUGGCGCUGCAGCAGCAAAGUCUGGGGCUUGGCCAAGCGCCGCUGCCGCCGCUGCGGUUACAGCCGGAAAGUACCUGACGGGCGAACUUGCCUACUGGACAGGAUAUGGUCAUCCCGAGAUCAUAGGCCAGAGACCAUGGAAGUGCCCCAGCGAGGGUACGCACUGUUUUGACCAAGAUGGCAAUAAGACCCCAAAGGAGACCUUCAACAAGCCGCCCCCGACUCAGGGUUCCGAUCACGGCGGUGGUGACGAUGGAGAGACAGGAAAGAAUACAGAUGACGAUAACGCGGACUCAGAAGAUGACACUGAGGAUACAGAGGACGACAAUGAGGAUGAUGAAACAGGAGAUGGAGAUACCGACACCGCGGAAGACGAAGGGGACGACGACAAAGACGACGAGAUUUCAACACCUGCGAACCUUGAUGGCGCAGAGAAGACGCAUCUAGAACAGUGUGCAGAGCAAGAAGAGCUGAAGAUAUGGCACCAAAUCGGCUCCACCACUGUCGAUGCAGACAAGCCAACAGAAGACGAAAGACAAGCAGCAGCUGAGGCCCUACUAGCUACGGGUAUAUGCGACGCGACGUACUACGGAGUCGAGAAAUGCAAGGCUUGGGAGGAUGAACUUCACAAGCACAGACUCCCUCCUGAGUUCCCCGGCAAGGAUCAGAAACAGGCGGAAGCCGAGCAACUUUUGGCCGCGGGAAUAUGCGACACGGGGUUCUACGGAUACGAAUUUUGUCAGAAAUGGGAGAACGAGAUGGAUUCGACGCCGGCCAGCAAUCCAGGAGACCUCCCACCGAUUCAGAACAUUGUCCCGAUCUGCUCCGGCAACGUGCUCGCCCCAGAAGGUUGCGAGCUCUUGAGACUGGAGUUCCAUGCACACUUUGUGACCUCGAAGGACGCGGCAGCAGCUGUGGAUAAGCUUUUUACCCCGAGCGCGCCAGUCAAGGGACGACUGCCCACUGUUGGUCAAAUUAUCCUGGGGCAGCGUGAGCGAGAAUUGGACUCUCGGAGACUGAUGAUGCGGGGGGGCAUGCCGAUACCCAAAAGAAGGCUGGAUCUUUAUCGAAAGGCCACCAAUGGAACAACCGAUGUGCGAAGGAGAUUUGGUGCAGGACUUGGAAGCCGGAAUCCGAAUCGCGCACGUAAAGCCCCCAAGCCAAAGUAUAGGAGCCACGAUGAGCUGUAG